AAAGAAGGCAUCAAAUUAGGUGUGCGCCGGUGCUGCUGUUUGUUGGUUGCUCUCUCCUAUCUGGGCGACUUCCCCAAAGCCAAAAUAAACAGAAAAAAUCGCUCCGUUGGCACCCAAAUUUUGCCACCACCAAAGCCCAGCCCCCCAACAAAAAAUCAAUUACAGAAUCACACUAUAAAAUAUAAAGGAAGGAAGCAGUACAAAAAUGUCUUCCACGUUUACAGCUCCAUCAUUUCAAACCAUUCUCAAGAGGAUCUCCCUCGCCUCCUCCUCCUCCCCUUCUACUUCUUCCGCCUCUUCUUCAUUUCUCCUUUGUAAAUCUCACUGCUCCUCCGCUCCUCGUCUCCGGCAUUCUCUUUCCGCCGCCUCGUCUUUCUCCUCCUCUUCGUCGUCGAGGCUCUUUGCCGCCGCCACCACUACCGCCAUGGGUGAUGCCGUUGCUGAUGCUACCAUGGACGCCGUCCAGAGGCGACUCAUGUUCGAAGACGAAUGUAUUUUGGUAGAUGCAAAUGACCGUGUCGUUGGCCAUGACACUAAGUACAAUUGUCAUUUGAUGGAAAAGAUUGAGGCUGAAAAUCUGCUGCACAGAGCUUUCAGUGUGUUCUUAUUCAACUCAAACUAUGAGUUGCUUCUUCAGCAACGAUCUGCAACAAAGGUUACCUUUCCUAUGGUCUGGACAAAUACCUGCUGCAGCCAUCCUCUUUACCGUGAAUCUGAGCUCAUUGAAGAGAAUAGCCUUGGAGUGAGGAAUGCUGCACAAAGGAAGCUUUUGGAUGAACUGGGUAUUCCAGCUGAAGAUGUUCCUGUUGAUCAGUUCACCCCAUUGGGCCGUAUGCUUUACAAAGCCCCGUCUGACGGAAAGUGGGGAGAGCAUGAACUUGAUUACCUACUGUUCAUUGUUCGGGAUGUUAAGGUGAAUCCCAAUCCCGAUGAAGUUGCUGACAUCAAGUAUGUCAACCGAGAGCAGUUGAAGGAGCUCUUGAAGAAAGCUGAUGCUGGUGAGGAGGGUCUGAAGCUGUCUCCAUGGUUCAGACUGGUGGUAGACAACUUUUUGUACAAGUGGUGGGAUCAUGUGGAGAAGGGAACCCUGGGCGAAGCUGUGGAUAUGAAAACCAUAUACAAGCUCUAAGCCCUUGGUUCAAUAACUGUUGCAUGUUGCGUUUCGUUUUUCUAAAAUUAAUAAGUUUAAGCAUUUAAUUUACUAGACUAGUGAAGUCAAGGCUGGCAUUUUCCCCCUGUUUAAAGUUUUGGGUUGCGAUUUAAUUUGUUUGGAAUGUAUCAUACACAUUGUUGUGUUAGGGAAUCUGGGAAUGUUUACUAGCAGAAAGAUGCUGUUUGGGUUGUCUGUAUGGGAAUUUGCUGUCAUUGACAAUUCAUUGUUCCUUAAAAUGGCCAAGAAAGGCACUUAUGUGAAACAGCUUUGAAUAAAAGCGAACUAUGGGUUUUUGAGAAAGUAAAAGUCACGUGUGCUUUUUGAAGAGGUUUGAGGUUUUUUCUUCAUUACACUCAACCAUGAACAAUCCCAACUUUGUCGUCUUGAUUUUGUGGCAACUAUUUCAAGUUGGUCUUUGCCGCUUUCAAAAGGUUCCUUUGAUAUAUUUGUUUUAUUUUUUGAUGGUAUUUUUAAAUUAAAAUAUUAAUAACUAUCCCAUUUCAGCAUAUCUUUUUACAUUUUCAAUACGCCUUUUUACAUUCUCAAUACAAAAAAUGCCUAAAAACACACACUAAAAAAACAAAACAAAUAUACCCUUAGUGUCCGAAACUAAUUGUCUCGACUGAUUCAAGUCGGAAGCAACUGCCCUUAGUUCUGGUGACCUGAUCCGUAAGUUGAGUACCUUAUCAUGUGCGAGAUUCAGGCGAUUGGAGAUUACAAUUACUAAAGAUAUCAUUUGGUCCAAUGCAAUGUCAAGAAUCCAAGCUGUCUGCCAUGCAAUGAUAUCUAGAGGACCACUUUGAUCUGGAUCAGACAAUCUUUGGGUCCAUUUACAGCUUAGACCCAGGUUAUCCGUUAAAAGGUUCACAUCACAGUGCUCUUCCAUCUGAUUCGUGGGGAACCCUGGGAUCCAUUUGAGUUGGUGAAUAGUUUAUCUGCAAUUAGUGUUCAUGUGUCACACGAAAGAAAGAGUUUUAGAGAUAAUAUACCAUAAAUUUAUACAACGAUACAAUCAAUGAUUAAUGAACCACG